ACAAGAUUGUUUGAACGAAAAAAUAAUGAAAGACAUUUGGUGCUAGCUUGCUAGCACUUUACUACACCAGUGUAGAUGAACAACGUUUAGUCAGUUUUCGACCGCGAUAUUGGUUGUUUGGUCGUUUUCGAUACGCUUCGCGACCCAAAAAAUUCAGAUCCAUAAAUCAUUUCUUGAAUUUUUUUUUGAAUUUCUUUCAGUUUUAAGAAGAAAAAUAAAAGAUUUUUGUAAAUUAAUUACAAAAAUAAAUAAACUCAUUCAUCGUUAAAAGAAUUGGGAUUAAAAUCGUUCUCAUGUUCGUUACAUCGCCUCAGUUAAAAAAAUAACGAUGUACUUUAAGUUUAAAUUUAAAUAGUUUUUUCUUAUAAAAGAAAUAAAACUGAAAAGUCCUUACUUCAAUUAUUUGAAAAGACAAAAAUACCGGAGUGACUGAGAAAUUAAAAACAAAAAAAAAAUUAAUUGAGGGAAAAAUCCCCAUUAAAAAAAAAAGAUAAAGUAUCUUUUCAUCUCUAAACAUAGUUUUAGGGACUAUUUUUUUCGUGAACUAAAUAUUUGAAAUUGUUAUACAAUUGUUUCCGGUUAAGGGAGAUCGCGGUACUAGUUCGUAUAGUUUUAUGAGCACGUCUAAUUGAUGCGGUUCUCGGGACGUGAAAUUUGAAAUGUAAAUAUUAUUGUUAUGUAUAUGUUAUAAACCUACCUUCAUUUUUUUUUACUUUAAAAAAAAUCUCUAGAAAACCCUUCAAGUGUUUGAGAAUAAAAAAAAAAUAAAAUUUGUGCGACUGUUCAAAAAGAGAAAAAAAUCAAAUGCCUAACUACGUCAUUUUAAGUGAAAACACGGUGUUUUAAAAAUUUUAUCGAAAAAUUCGAAAAUUAAAAAAAUAUAUAUUAGUGAAUAAUUUGUGACUGGUGAAUUUUUCUUAUAAAAGAAAAAACAUAACAAAAAAAAAGAAAGAAAAAAAAAUUAAAUAAAUUUAUACCUAUCCAAUAAAUUUUUGGAUAAAAAUAUAUUUCUUAAAAAAAAGAAUUCGUUGAGUUGUGCUUUUACCGGUGCUUUUGUUAACGUUAUUUAUGAGACAACAGUAAAAUAAACACGCUCAAAUUAUCAACUGACAUUUAAAACGUCAAAAAGAAUAAUAAUAAUCUGGCAAUCUUUAGAUAACUUUACAAGAUGAACUAAAGUGUAUAGUAAAGAUUGCAAAUAUAAAAAAAAACAUAAAUCUUAAAAAAUAAAGCUCCUAGCGAUACGUCAUAAUAAUAUGCAAAAUGGCAAAAAAAUCAACUAGUAAAACUAAGAAACGUCACUUGAAUGACACAGACGACGAUGAAGACAAAAACAACAUGGUCACUUGAGCUGGCAACGUGACAAUAUAAAAAUGACAUUAAUAUACAAAUAAAUAGACACAAGUUAUGUGAAAUACGCUCAAGCGUCAUAUACAAAAUAAAACUUUCAUUUGUUUGUUCAUUAUAACGAAACUUAUAAAUCUCUCGAAAUUAUAACUUAAAUAUCAAAUGAAUCUAUAUUAUUCUAAUGCAGGUGUUCAUUUAAUUAUAAUUUAUUUUUUAUAAAAAUUUAAAUCUAUUUUUAUACCCUAUAAAAAUCGCGAUUAUAUGAAAAAUAGUUGUCAAAAUUCACAAAACGAAAAUAAAUCAACGAAAAAAAAAAAAUCAACAAAAUCAAAACAAUAAUAAAUAUUAAUCUUUGCCUUUUCCUGAACAUAGUCCUGCAUUUGAAUGCAAUGCACAGUGAUUUUGCCCAGCGAGAAGAUACUCGGUAUAAAAUUUGUGGCGUUUGUUAAUGCGAAUAAACCAAAGUCCUCAUUGGAGGGCCCUGGCUGUGCUAGGUGCCCUCCUGUCGGUUAUAAUCGUGUGGCCAACUGUCUUAUCAAUGCCAAUUUUAACAGCACGUACGCCAACAACAAAAACAACAACCAACAUCACCAUCAUUGAAGACCAGAAUCCAUCAUUAAUAACAUCAUAUUCGAAUUUAACAUCGGCGUCAUUUUCGUCGUCUUUGUCAAAUAUCAAUACAGUAGUGGCGCCAAAUGAUACCCUUAUUCAAAUAAAUCGUAAGCAAAUAACGAAUUUCAGUGAAUACAGUGAUUAUGGCAGCUAUUUACUACAUUUGAAUGUAAAUACAAGUAGUGACAGUAGUAGUGAAGAUCAAGAUCAAUAUAAUGAUGAUGAUGAUGAUGAAGAUCAAGAUAUUGAUGUUGAUGAGCAUCAUCUAACGCACGAUCGCGUCGAUAUCGACCCUUUGUUUGCAAUAAUGACAGACGGUAAUGUGUCAAAUUCGCGUCGCGUCAAAAAAUCCAAUAUGGUAUAUAAUAAACGUAAACGAAAGAAAAAUAUCAACAAAAUUGAUAACAACAACGAUAACAACAACAACAACGACGAUGAUAAAGAAGUGAGUGCGAAUGAAGAUGUCUCUAAUACAACAUAUCUAUCAAGUGCUAGUAUUAGUGAUUAUGACAGUUCUACUGUCAGUAAUAGUUUAAGCAAAAUAAAUAAUAAUAAUAUUAAUAGUGUAAGUGUUAGUGAUGUUAAUAGUAGUGACGAAGUUACGGCAGCAGCAUCAUCAUCAAUCAUUAGUCAUCAUUAUCAAUCAAAACGAACGCGAAAUUUAAACAAAAAUGACUAUGAUUAUGAUAAUGGUGAUGUUGUGUCGCCAACAACAACAACAACAACAACUUCGACUGAUGAUUUUGAUGUAACAUCAGAUUUGUCGAACUUGGACCAUCAGACGCCUACAACAACAAUAAAAAUAACAAUUAAAUCAACAUCAACAACAACAACACCAUCGACAACAAUAAUACAUGAUGAUGAUAAUAAUGACAAUUAUCUGACAUCAACAGCAGCGUCGUCGGCGGCGUCAUCAAUAAAUGCCAUUGAAACAAGAACAAAAACACUAACACACACAGAAUUACCAGUGUUAUCGCGCACCGAUCGUAGUGUACAUACAAAACGUGGUAUAUCGUUGAGACAUCGAGGCAACACCAGCAGAAAUAAUAAUAAUAAUAAUAAUAAUGGUGGCAAGGCGCAAGAUGCUGCAGAUGGAGGUGUUAGCAUUAAACCUAGGAGACUGAAUAAUCAUAAUAAAAUUCAUAAUUUUAGAAAUAAUAAUCACACGAAUAGUAAUAGUAGUAAUUUAGAUCGUAAUGAAAGAUCUACGAUAUCGCAUAUAUCGGGACCGGGGAGGAAAAUUCAAUUAUACAUCAAAAAUCGGUUUAUACAACUGAUGACCGACGGUACGGUAAAUGGAACUCAGGAUGAUCUAAGCGAUUACACAAUAUUACAACGAACGACGGUUGAUGUUGGGCGAAUAAAAAUCCAAGGUGUAGCGACAUGUUUAUACCUUUGCAUGGAUCAAUGUGGUGCAGUCUAUGGUUCGAAAGAAUUCACCGACGACUGCGUCUUCAACGAAUCCAUGGAACAGCACAACUACAACACAUACUCAUCCACAUAUAAUUCCAAUUCACGUCGCAUCUAUUAUUUGGCACUGAAUCGACAUGGUGAACCGCGAAAGCUUCAAAUUCCACCCAGCCGUUCGCUGGGCAAAUUGGCAACAUAUACAAAAGCCAUUACCGAAACCGUGCCCCAAGAUCGUGUUGAAACGCUUAUAGCGAAAAUAUUUGGCGCCAAUCGUGUUAAGCACGGCAUCCGUCAACUCUGUGAUACUGGCAAACCGCUCGUCGAAUUGACCGACAAAAUAUUAAAAGCACGCCCCCAAUGCACUGCAACUAGUAGCAAUAGUAAUAGCAAUAGUAAUAAUAAUAAUAAUAAUAGCAAUAGCAAUAGUAAUAAGAAUGGCCAAUUGAACGUUCCUGCUGCCAAUGAUAAAUCUAGCAAUAGUAGCCUAACAAAUAGUAGUAGUAAUAGUAAUAGUAGUAGUAGUGGCCAUACUAGCGGUAAUAGCAACAAUAAUCAUGUAAUCAAAAAGAAGAAGAAAAAACGGCGAUGUCGGCCGGGCGAAAAUGAAGACGAGCACAAUUGCCAGCGGGGUAACGGGCCACAGGCGAUAAGGAAGCGCCCUAACAAUAACAAUAACAAAAUGGCCAAGUGCAAAGAAGCAGCACCCGAUGCGGCGGCGGCCUUAGAAUGUGCGAAUCAGAAGCGACCGAAGAAAGGUGGCAAGAAGCAACAAAAUGGCGGUCCAAAGCACAAGCAAAAUGGCGGCCCUGGCCAACAAGGUCGCCGAGGUGGCAAGAAACUCAAUCAAAAUGGACGACAACAGCAAGGAGGUAGCAAUAGUAAUAAGAAAAAUAACGGUAAGCAGCCAAAAAACGGCUUGGGUGGAGGCGAACGAACAACAACAACAACACCAACAACAAUAAUAACAACAACAACAGCACAUCCCAUUAUAAACAACAAAUUAACGCGAACGCCACGCUCGCGAACCUUACCACCAACCAUGAAACCCAAAACAUCAACUUCAACAACAACCACAACAACAACAACAACCACACCAGCGACAACAUUGGCAACACUACUGCAAGUUGUCAACAGUCAGCAAACCCUUGUUAGCAGUAAUCAAGUCAGUAGUCAAUUUGCGGCUAAUCAAACGUCAAGCGAAACUCAAGAUGCCGACAAUUCCGAUGCCGAGGACAUCACAGCCGAAGAUGAGACCGGCACCGGUGAAGCCGAAGAAGAAGACUUGGCCAUGGAAGACGACGAUACCAGCAGCCAUUUGCCAUUUAUUGCUGAAAAUACACAGCUAGUUGGUGGCGCUGAUGACUUCCUGUAUGACGAUGAUCUUGAUUUGUGAGUCUUUUCCUUAAUUCAAGUUUAAAAAUUAUCAGACAACUUUUUUUUUUCUAAUUAUAAACUUUUGUUGUGUAUGGAUAUUAUUUUUUAUUUAUUUAAAAUUUUUUUUUUGUAAAUUUUUGUGCAUUUUCUUUUCGUUGUAUGUAUACAAUUUUUAUGUUUUUUUUUUUAUUAGACUCAGGUAACAAGAAAAUAAAAUUGUAACAAAAAGAAAAACAAAAGAAUUAAGCAUUUAAAUACAAGUUUUUACACAUCAAAUUUCACACAAAAUUAAAUUCAAAAGAAACACAUUACACCAUUUUUUCUAACCCCACAUUUAACAUUUUAUACUAAAAAUUAUUUUUUCGAAACAUUUGCCUUCAUACAUAACUUUUCUCUAUUUUUUACAAAAAAACUAAAUUAAAAACUUUACCACUUUUCCUUAAAUCUCACUGACUGCUAUUCUUAUAACACAAAAUACUAUAAAUUUAAUCCCAUUUCGACCGCAUGGGAUUUGAUUUUAUGUUUCACUUAACGCGGUAAAUUCUUUUAAUAAAAAAAAAGAAACUCUCGUUCGCCUCCACUUUUAUUUUACUUUUAAUUUUCUUAAUUCUUAAUUUAAAAAAAAAAAUCAAAUGUUAUCUCAUCAGUUUUACUAAUAAUUCUUAAGUUUAUACAAAGCACAUCAUAAUCACUCACGACACACACACACAGAAACAUGAAGUCACGUUUUCCCAUUUAAUCAUCCAUGUUUUAUAGUAUUAUAGUAAAAAAUAAAAUACUCAUUAUUGUAUAUUCGUAUAAAAAAAAAAAAACAAAAAAAAAAAGAAAA